UCCCCUUUCUUCUCUCCCAUGAGACACCCUAUGACCUCCUCCUUCCUGGACUCCCCAGUUGAAAAAGAGCUUCCUGACAGCUCAGCAUACAUUGUAUUAUGGCACAAAGGCUCGUCACUUCAACACCACCAACUUUACAAGCCCACUACUGAAGCGCAUGCUGUGGAAGCUGAAGGAAAUGGAGAGGGCUAGUCUACCAGAGAAUGACCUUAAGGAGUACAAUGAACUUUUAACAAAUAUGGAAACCAUCUACAAUGCGGCUGAUGUGUGCUUAGAAAAGGGACCUUGCAUUCCCCUAGAACCUGACCUUUCAGAGGUAAUGGCUUCCUCCCGAGACUAUGAUGAACUGCUUUGGGCAUGGCAAGGUUGGCGGGAUACUGUGGGCCAGCAGCUCCGUCCCAUCUACAGUCGGUAUGUGGAACUCAGCAACAAGGCUGCCAAGCUCAAUGGUCACACGGACACAGGGGAUUCAUGGAGAGUAGUAUAUGAGUCACCAACCUUGGAGAAAGACCUUGAGCAGCUCUACCAUGAAAUGAAGCCACUCUACCUAAAUCUACAUGCUUAUGUGCGCCGAGCUCUUUACCACUACUAUGGAUCUCAGCAUAUUAGCCUAAGGGGGCCUAUUCCUGCCCAUUUAUUGGGGAACAUGUGGGCUCAGUCCUGGACCAACAUCAUUGAUCUAGUCAUACCCUUUCCGUCAUCCACACAAAUGGAUGCCACCAUGGCCAUGAAGAGUCAGCGUUGGACACCCAUUAAGAUGUUUGAGGAGGCUGACAAAUUCUUCCAGUCUCUGGGAUUGCUCCCUGUUCUCCCAGAAUUCUGGGUCAAAUCGAUGCUGGAGAAACCAUUGGAUGGAAGAGAAGUAUCAUGUCAAACCUCUUCCUGGGACUUCUACAAUGGCAAGGACUUCAGGGUAAAGCAAUGCACCGAGGUGAACAUGGAAGAUCUCUUGUCCGUCUUCCAUGAGAUGGGCCAUAUCCAAUAUUUCAUGCAAUACAAGGAUCUGCCCGUGGUACUCCGAGAGGGUGCCAACCCAGGCUUCCAUGAGGCCAUGGGGGAUGUGGUGGCCCUCUCUGUUUCCACUCCCAGCUACCUUCACAACUCAGAGCUGCUGAUCACUCAAAUAGAGGACUAUGAAAGUGAGAUCAACUUCCUUAUGAGCAUAGCAUUGGAAAAGGUUGCCUUUAUCCCCUUCAGCUACUUGAUGGACCAGUUUCGAUGGAAGAUCUUUGAUGGCCGAAUCAGCAAAGAAGAUUACAAUCAGGAAUGGUGGAACUUGAGGUUAAAAUAUCAGGGAAUAUGCCCACCACUGCCAAGAUCAGAGGAAGACUUUGAUGCAGGUUCUAAGUUCCACAUUCCUGGCAAUGUGCCUUAUAUCAGGUACUUUAUCAGCUCUGUGAUCCAGUUCCAAUUUCAUGAAGCCGUGUGCAAAGCCUCAGGUUUCACAGGACCCCUGCACAAAUGUAACAUCUACAACUCUCAAGAGGCAGGAAAACUCCUAGGGGAUGUCAUGAAACUUGGAUUCAGCAAGCCAUGGCCAGAAGCAAUGAAGAUGAUCACUGGGCAGUAUAAUAUGUCAGCAAAAUCUCUCAUGAAGUACUUUAAGCCCCUCCUGGACUGGCUUGUUGCUGAGAAUAUACGUCAGGAAGAGAUCCUGGGCUGGCCCGAGUUUGGCUGCCUCAUCUCAGAUGGGAAAAGAAAAGUGAGCUUCCUGGCCCUGAAUCUGGACAAUGUUAAUGCCACUGCUGGGCAGUGGGUGCUGCUGACUCUAUGCCUAUUCCUAGUCCUGAUUAUAGCAGUUCUACUUUAUAAGGUUCUAUUCAAGGGCAAGAUGUCUUCUCCAAACAAGGAAGGCAUGUUUCUGUGGAUUCCCAUGAAGAUCCAGAAUGUUAUCAGGAGUCAGUACCUGCUCUUCAGCCUAAGUCUAUUUCUGCUACUGUUUGUGGUGAUACUAUUUGUCCAUAUCUUCACCAUCAGUUCCAGGAAACCCUGGAAAAUUAUUCAGCAUAGAGUACAAAGCAAAAUGUUGGAGUCUUCAGAUUAGACACCAGGAUCAAAGGGCUAUCCCAGUAAUGCAGACUAUAUUUGUAUUUGGGUGGGAGAAGGUUGAUGGUAAAAGAGUAAACUGGGGUGGAUGGAGGUUGAUUUUAAAUUGUAGAGCUGUAUCUAUACUUGUGAUUGCAUAGCUCUGAGUAUGGUGGUGACUGUGGAUAGUUAUGAUGUAUUCAUGUAUUAUUUUGGGUCCAUGACACUGUGUGCCAUUUUAUAUGUGUCUGAUAGGAAUGACUGGGUGUGUAUGAGACUCUAUGUAGCUGUAUGCAUGUAUAUGACAGCAAUACUCUGUGUGUGCAAAUGUAUCAAGGCCCCAAACUUUAUCUCCCAGCCUCCUUCAGGAGCUCAGGAACCUCUGCUAUAGUUGCCCGAUUGCUCUGUCCACUUCCCAACCCCAAAUUCCUAGGGCUUGGGUCUUCAAGUCAGUUAUGCUUUAUAUUUUCUUGAACUCCAGACUGGAGGGGAGAAGAGUUAUUCUUCUAGGUCAGGAAGGGCAUUGCUGAUGCCCCUUUAUUUUUUUAAAAAAGCAAAUAUUUUAUUUACUUUAUUGGUAUAAUAUUUGUGUGCAUUAUAAAUGCCACAAUAUACUGACCAAAGAUGUACUUCCUUUUUCCUAGUCUAGAAGCCCCUGCCAUAUAGAAGAAUUCCAUGUUAGAUAUCACCUUAAUAUAUAAGGUUCCAGAAGUAGGGCUCAUAGCACCUUCAACUUCCAAACCUCCCAGACCUUGAAUACCAAAAAGCCAAGUCAAUUUAGGGGGAGCCUAAGAAAGAGAGCCCAGGGCCCAAAUAAUAAA